AGCUGUGUCAUGUUUGUGUUUUGUGUUUACUAAAGUAAUUAAGUGUUAGGUUAAAGUACCUAAUUCAUAUUGCAUCGAGUGAAACUUUGAUUAUUUUAAUAACUGAUGAAUAAAUCUAACAUAUUAUAAGUCAUAAAAUGGAUACCGAUAUGUCAACAGAAAAUAGUAAUUAUUUUUCAAGCUAUGAAGAUUUAGAGGUACACAGGUUAAUGCUGGAAGAUGAUGCAAGGACUGCUACAUAUCGGAAGGCCAUACUAGAUAAUAAAUCCUAUUUUAGAGGAAAGAUAGUAAUGGAUGUUGGGUGUGGAACUGGCAUCUUGUCAAUAUUCUGUGCUCAGGCAGGAGCUAAAAAAGUAUAUGCAAUAGAAGCAAGUAAUAUUGCCAACUUAGCUAAGGAAAUAGUUAAGGCUAAUAACUUUGAUAAUAUUAUAGAGGUAAUUCAUAGCAAAGUUGAAGAUGUUAAAUUGCCAGAUAAUUUGAAAGUAGAUGCAAUCAUAUCGGAAUGGAUGGGCUUCUACUUAUUACAUGAAGGCAUGCUAGAUUCUGUGCUGACAGCCAGAGAUAUGUUCCUGAAAGAGGGAGGGGAGAUUUUCCCGGAAAGUGCUAUCAUAUAUGUUGCUCCAUGUAGUGUUCCAUCUUUGUAUGACAAGUGGGAAAAUAGUUAUGGAGUUAAUCUGUCAUCUUUCGCAAGACAUUUACGGAGUGACAAGAGCAGCAAACCAGAGAUAAUGCAAAUAAAUCAUGAAGAUUUGUUAGGUCCUGAAAUUGCUUUAAAUUGGAUAAAUCUGAGGGAUGAUGCAGUAAACGAUUUAGAUUCUUACAGUGUGCAACAUGUUUUAGGAGCCAACAGAAGUGGGCGCUAUCAAGGUUUAUGUGUUUGGUUUGAAUGUAAUUUCCCUGUCCUUGAUGGGGAAGAGCGUAUAAUAUUAAACACCAGCCCAUCAUCCAAACUAACUCAUUGGAAGCAGACUGUCAUACUUUUACCGGAAGAACAGAAAGUUGAAAAGCAAGAACCAAUAGCGUUUAAACUAGACAUGAAUCGAGACGGUGUUAGUUCUAGAAGAUACAACUUGGAACUUACAUUACUGGACCCAGAGGAAGUGGAACAUCCAAUGCCAUGCUCAUGUCACAUGACCAAGUGUAUUCUAGUCAAGGCGGUAAUGGAACAACAUACAGAACAUACAAUUAGCCAGCUGCAAGCUGGAGAUAGUGAUGUGUUACAAGAAGAUUCAAUUGAUGAUGAUGAUAAUUAAUAAAAAAUUGAAACGAG